CGUGUACGUUUUGACGCAACCACAACGUGCGCGCCCGCGGGAGGGGCCGAUAGAAAAUGGCGAGUCUGUGCAGGAGGCAGCAAUGCACGAUCGAAAGGCGCGGCUUUCGGCAGGAACUUGAUUCGUGGCGACAUAAACUCAUUCACUGUGUAGGUUUUGAAAGUAUUUUGAAAGGGUUGUUUGGGCCAGGACUAGUAGAUGAUCUUACCUUAUUCAAAGAUUGUGAGCCCGAAGAUGUCUCUGAUUGGUCGUUUGAUGAAAGUUGUAUUUUCUGCUGCUUGAGACGAGAGAAAGUGAAGGAACACUUAACUGGCUUAAGUAACCAGGCUUUGGGAGGAGGAGAACAAACUCUCUGCAGUCAGGAGCAGUCCAAAAUUAACAAGCUUGAGAAGCAAGCAGAGGAGUUCCUCAAUGCUGUCUUUUGCAGAAAAGAGAUCCCUAGCUUCUUAGACCCCCACAUUCCUCUAGUGGCUCGGGAGAUAAUGCAACGAAUGAUCCGGCAGUUUGCCUCGGAAUAUACCUCAAAAAGCAGCUCUUCUCAGGACUCCCUCCAGCCCAACGGCACCAAGGACCAAAGCCUGCCCAAGGCUCUGUCUCUCGGCCUCGCUGGCCCUGUAUCCGCUGCCUCUGCACAGAAUCCCGUUCUCAGCAAGCUGCUCAUGGCGGACCAGGACUCCCCACUGGACCUCACAGUCAAGAAGCCUGAGGUGGAGCCCUGUGAGCAAGAUGGUGUACUGGACCUUUCAAUCAAGAAGAGUCGUGCCACAGGCAGCCUGUCGCACAGAAAAUCUCAGGGCUGCCCAGCAACGCCCAUGAAGGGGCGUCCUGCCGCAGGAGCUGACCGCAACUUUCAAGAUGGCGAUGAGGAUGGGCUGUCGGAUGGAAUGAGGGAGAGAUUCGGCCGCUCCACCCCCCUUAAGCCUCCCCUUACUCGCUCACUGCAGAUCACUAAGGAGCUGCUGAGCCGAAACCAGCAGCAGCAGCAGCAACCGCCCAUGUCCCUGUCCGCAAGGCUCCUAAACCACAUACAGCACCCCGUCUUGUCCGAAGAUGGCUCCUGGAGGCCCAAAUUUGAUGGCCUCUUGAGGCUCAAACCCAGUGCUGGAUUCAGUGACUUGAAGGACCUUGAAAGUUCUGCCUCCUGCCAGAAGGGAUCCACUCAGGCCAAGCCCCCAAAGGAGCCUGGACACAGGCACUCGCCCCCUGUGGACCUGAAGAUCCCCCAGGUGAGAGGCAUGGAUCUGUCUGGGGGCUCGCAUGCCUCGGACAUCUAUGGAUACGGUGCGCUGACAGUCAGCCCGCUCUUGGAGAAUGUGCUCAGCAAGAAGGUGCGCUCCAUCCUUCCGAAACACAGCCGAAGGAGCUCCACAGGAGCCGUCCUGGACCCGGGGCCUGACUUCUGGGGCCCCAUCGACCAGUCCACCUCCGGGCACCAGUAUGUGACCUCUGACCCGGACGGGGACCCCAGCUUGAAGCAGCCACGGAAGAAGAGGGGCCGUUACCGCCAAUACAACACUGAGAUCCUGGAGGAAGCGAUCGCUAUGGUGAUGGAUGGAAAAAUGAGUGUCUCUAAGGCGCAGACCAUAUACGGCAUCCCGCACAGCACACUGGAGUACAAAGUGAAGGAGCGCCUCGGGACACUGAAAAACCCCCCAAAGAAAAAGAUGAAGCCCGUAAAGGCGGAAGAGCCAGACGCCACGGCUGAACCUCAAACCCGCACCACUCCUGUCCCUGCAGAGGAGGGGGCCAGUCAAGGGGAGAGCAUUUCGAAAGAUGAGUAAAGGGCGUAAAAAAAACAACUGAUUCUCAUUUGUGCCAAUUUUUACAUUGCAGUGCACAAAUGUAGGAACUGAAGAAUUUUUUCCCUUCUUACAGUGAUUUCUUGCCACUGUAUGUACAUUUUUAUAUUGUAAAAACAAAUGCGUUUAAGCCACACAUCAAGUGGUACCACUAUUUAAUUUUUUUUUGUUUGUUUCUAAAGCAAAGCAGGCCCUCUCCUCACACAGUGACCCCUCAUCCCAACCCCCCACGCUCUCCUGAGAUUUGUCUCAUGUGAAUCUGGACUUGAUGUACUAUUGGUCAUGGUCUGUCUGUGCGACGGGUGAAGAUUUUUCUAUUUCAAAAGUACUGGGAGAGUUAAAACUAUUUAACGUGGAUUAAUACACCCUCUGCCCCCCCCCCCCCCCUUCACAGAUGACUGUUUGGAAGCCUAAUAUUUCCUAAUCAACUUCAGUAACACCUUUUUUAAAGCUGGAUCAAUUCCUCAUUCUCAUCAAGGAUCCAAUGCCGGCCAUGCCUAUAUCCACACACUGCUGACAAGUGUGCAAAAUUUCAUUCAGGGAUUGACAUUGUUUAUUCUUUUUAUUUUUUAUUUUUUGCUUAUCAAGACAUCUUUGUUUCCUGUUUGCACAGCACAUUUCUCCCCUCUGCUUCCCACACAGCCUGAGGGUUCAGCAUAGACCUGGUUACCUCUUACUCUGCUGCAGUCGCAGCACUCUGCACUUAAGGUCUACCUGAUAUUUAUUUCUCUGCAGUUUCCCGUUAGUUGGAAUGACACGUGGAUCAAAUUCACACAAACGCAGUCAUGGUCUGUGUCACAAUCUUAAUCUUCUCCAUGGGGAAAUGGAGUUUAAAUGCUUGAUUUAACAGUAGGUGCAAUUUUGAACCACACUCAGGGGGGUGGGUGGAUUUUCAACUACAGAACCUUAACUACUGACCCAAAAUGGAUCAUUUUGCUUUUAAACUCAGGGGAGCUGAGAGCCAUCUCUGAGCAGUAAUGAUGGUGAUGAUAAUAAUAAUAAUUGUUAUUAUUAUUUAGCAGACACUCAAAUCCAUUGCGACUUCUAAUGCAAAUGGUGCUUCUUUUUUUGAGGGGGGUGCGGUUGGGGUAAAGGGUUGGUUAGUGGGGAAAAAAUAAAACUAAAAGAUAAUGUAUUAUAGUAGCACUUUUAAAAGAAAAAAGUAACCAUUGUUCCCAAAAAAAUCAACGGUUGCAGCUCUGAUCCAAACGUAAUUACUUCUCUAGCAUGCAGCCAAUACACCAGUAACUUAAGUUGUCAAUUUCAAUAUGGCCAGGAUCUUUGAAUCAUAUUACAUAGGUGAGGGUAGAGGUCCCUUGUUUAGGUAAUCCUGGGAGGUCUUUUUAAUGCAUUCUGUUUGCUCUGUUGGGUCUUUACUUUUUUGCUCAGCGGGUGUUCUUAUUGUGUAGCCUGCAUUUAACACAUUUCCUAUAGGUUUACAUGGCUUGAUAAUGUCCUACUCAGGACUAUGUUCCUUGACUCACUAAUGUGUAUAGCACUUAUUUUAAACUCCUUUUUAAUGCACUUGCUUAACACCUUCUAAUCAUAAUGCAGUAGCAAAUGACUGAAGUGACAAAUACUUUUAAAAACGGUAUAUGCUGUCUACAUGAUUGCACAUUCUGUGAACUGCAAAUUAUUGUUGUUAUUAUUAUUAUUAUUGCUAAAUGGCAUGAACCAGUGCAAUGUAGACCAGUUAGACUUUAGGGACAUUUCUUGGGGGGGGGACAUAGUUUAUGUACUUAGAAAUGUAGACAUGAAUUGGUUUCACACGUCAGAAAAUACUGCACUUACUGCUACUCCAUAUUCAGUGCUCAUAGUCUCCAUUUUGAUUUACCUAAUAUAUGUUUAUAUAUAUGUGUAUAUAUAUGCGUGUUUUCAUGCAUUACAGAAAAUGUACACAGAAAAUAUUAGUGUUACAAUUUUUCUGUUCAAUACAAAAACAGGGAUAUGCCAUGCUUGUCUUAAGCAUUGGGCAUGUACCACAUUGCUCUGAACUAUACAAAAAUAUUUCUGCACAAUUCAGGUAUUUCUACAAUGCUUUUGCAGUGGACAGCCAUACAGAAAUCUGUGACCAUAUGACUGCAGUUUUGUUCUGUCGUAUUGACUUGAUAUAUGUGCAUCCAUGCCCUGAAAUGAUUGGUUAACUGAGUUGAUUGAUGCAAUGAUCAUCUACUCUUCCCAACGGGAUGGGUGAUCAUCCGCAAAGCAAAUUGGUAUGUCGUGGUCUCAAACUAGACCUUUAAGAUGUGAGGAUUAAUGCUUUCCUUGUCAUUGCUUUGCAAAUUCACACUUCAAAAAUGUUAGUCUGUAUUGUCUUAGGGUAAAUAUCAAUCGAAGCGGCAAAAAGCAGCAGAAUAUGCAUGUGUCUUCAAGCCCACGACUGAACCUUUUUGUUUUUUCACCAGUAUGCAUGUUAUGUCUCCUCGUAAUUAUUUGCUAACUGUACCACUUGUCCACAACAAUGACCUCCUUUUUUGAUUGCUCCUACCAAAUUGCAAGAAUACUGUCUGGAAACUCCCAGACAAACUUUUGCAUUAGCCAUGAAUGUAAUGAUGAAAGUCAAUUCAUCAUUCUCACACUCCUGCUUAAAGCAAAGCUUUCCUGAUCUUCAGUUUUUUACACUCUCUGUAAUGGCUCAAACUGGCGCCUAUCUCAGGACACACUACGGGAGGGCAAUAUGCGUUGGUUAGAGAACGCAAAUCCCAGAUUUUAACUACUUUUUUUUUUUUUUUUUUUUUUACUGAAAAUGUGUAUGUUGUAUGUAAACUUGCCAUUGCACAACCAAGUGUAUACCUCAGAUCUCUGAAAAAAUGCUCCUUUCCGUGCCUCUUAUUCAUAUCUCGUUGUAGAUCCUCUAAAGCAAAGAUGCAGUGGGAAAUGUAGUUUCUUCUCAAUGUCAGUUCACCAUGUUUUGGGAGAGUUUACUAUGUCUGGCUGGCAAAUAUAAUUGCCCUACUCAUUUGGGUACAUUCACAUUAUGCAAUGAGAGAAAACUGUUAGAAUUAUUUUCCCCUAGAAGGCGAAAUUAAUUUAAAACAAAAACAAGACAGCGGAAGGGAUUAGUUUGUAGAAGUUGGCUUAAGUUCAGGAUGAAGCACGUUUUCCAUUACUGUUUUUAUUCAGGACCGAGAAGUAGCACAAAUUAAGUAGUAGGACAGGUGUUGAUGUUAAUUCUUGACUUUAUUUUGAUAAUUUUGUCUCAUGCCAUGUUGCAGAAAAAUUGGAGCUCUUUGUAAGUAAUUUGUUUAGCUUUUUAUCUAAUAUCCUACUGGUGUUGCGCUGCAGGCAUUUAAUUGUAACACAUUGUGACAGCUUAACUUUAGUUUCAUUGUUUGUAUUUUGACCCAAUGGCUUGUUACCUCUAUUGACAUGGGGUGUUUUCCUUUGACAGGAACAUCAGGACACUGAGUAUUAGAUUGUACUCUAUACGAAGGUGUUUUUGUAGUUUUAAAUGGAGAAUUGAAGAGUUCUCCUACUUUAAACAAACCCAUGUAUUUUGAAUGCAAUUUGAGCAGUUCUAAAAAGCCAGAAAAAGUUAUGACCAUAUGGAGUGGGCACAUCACAUCAGGGAUUUGUGUGGGUGGGUAAUGUAUAAUUUUAAUCAAGACCUGCUAACUGAUUUUAGAACAGGUUAACCAGACAUUGGAGAGUCUGGCAUAUAAGUCUUGCGAACUGUGAAGACUGAUAUGCGAGUUGUGAGCUACUGAAUCUUUAUUUCACACAGUAAUUGUUAAAAUAUGUGCAUAAUUUAAGACUGACCAAGACACCAGAACAUUUUAUGUGGAAUGAAUGCACAGCACUGGUAUUUUUGUUUUUAUAUAUAUUUUUUUAGAACUCUGUUGCUGUACUUUUUGUGUGUAGGGUUGCAUCCUCAAAAGAUCAGCCUCCUUUUAACGUAGUUAUGUAUGUGAAAUCAAAGGUGAAAUGAACUAUUUCCUCUAUUGCCCUUUACCUGCAAGCAGUAAUAUUUAAAGGCAAGGCACACCAUAAGCCAUUCUGUUUGUAAAAGUACAUACAACUGUCAAUGGUUUUGGUCCAGCAAUUCUGGUCAUGCAUUCAGAAUGGGUAUACUUCUCCUUUAUGGCAUGAAUUUGAGUUUGAAAUAUCAGUAGUUCUGAUGUUAGAAGUACAUGAUUUUGCAUUCAUGUGAUAGCACUUUUAGGAUGAAUGAAAUGCAAACAAGUUUUGUCAUAUCUUAUUUUAAAUAUAACUAUAACAAGUAUAGUUUAUUCUCAUGUGAAAACUAGAUGGUACUGUAAAGGACAAAACUGUCAGGAAAAGAUAUGACGACUCCAAGAGACUAAUUAUAGUUUAUGUCCAACAUUAUAAAUGAGGAAACUUUUGGUAAAAUUAAUGUCAUGUUGAAUUUAUUAAUGAUGACUUGCAUCUUGCAGUUGAAGGCUGUGGGGGAAAAGUUCUCUGAGUUUUUGGAAGUCAGUGAGCUUUAUUAAUGCUAAUUCGAAUGAAAAUUAUUGGAACCAUUUGGCUAGCCUAUAUAAAGAAAGAAAUAUCUGUAUUUGGCUUGAAUUUUCCCCAUGAUGAGAACCAUUUUUAAAAAAUGGGAAAACAAGGGAACUGGUUACCUGGAUUCAGAUUAAAUUCAGUACUUAUCACUGAGGGCUGUUGCCAUGACAAUCAUGCAUUUCUCAAAUAAUGGUAUGCCUGUCAUUUAAAAGUGCUCAGUUUACUUUCGAAAGAAAAGAAGGUCCUAAGUUUGUUUGGUUUUUUUUUUUUUGUUGGGGGGGGGGUGGAUAAACUACCACAGGCUUGGUUAACUUUCCACCCCAAAUGCUAAAUGGGCCUUGGUUGGUUUAUUCAAGAAGAGACUUCAAAUUUAGUUUUUGCUACCUGAGUCUGCUCCACUAGCAGGAUUAUUGUUUCUUUAUCAGGUCAUAAAUCUUUCUUGGGUAUCUAGUGUCAGAGAGGAAGAAAAGAACUGUUGGUUUAUUGUUCCGCAAAACAAGUGGGGAUAUGUGUUCUUGGUUGGCCAGAGAAAAGGUUGUACUGCUUUCUGAGGCUUGUGUGUUUAUGCUCCUCAGUCUGCCUUAAUGAAUAUGUCCUGUUGUGUUGCAGUUGUUUGUGAAUAUCAUAAUUUCAGCAUUCUACAUUAUUAGUCUUGACUGUUCUCUGACCUGGGUCAAGAAACCCAUGUUUGGCUCCUGGAGUGGCUGUAAUCUACUAAUUGCAUUCUGCAUGCUAGUUUGUGCUUAUUACGUUUUUGCUUAAUGCUUGCAUUUUCUCUCUGUGUGUGUGUGUGUGUGUUUUUAACUGUGUGCAAGGCCAUUCUUGAAAAAAUAUUUCUUGUUAAUAUUAUUGUGAUCCAGCCCAGUCAGUUAACUAGUAAAGAAAAUUCAGGGCAGGUUGGGGAGAGAAAUAAAAGCCAGUUUUGAUUGUUUUUUUUCCCAUUGCAAAACAUGUUUUAUUCAUGAGCUGUCUUUUUUGUAAGUGUCAGUUGCUGGUGGACUAAGCUGAGUACUGAAGAACUACAGAUUUGUAAGCCUGUAUAUUAACAGUGGACCCUGGGAUAUGACGUAGCACCGAAACCAGCUAGGUGACACCAGAUUUUGUUUAAAAACUGAGAGGCUGCACUCCGAGAAUACCCUGUUGGGAAUACAGCAGGUCGCGUUUUGCGAUAGAUGUUGGACAUGGCGCAAUUAUUUUAUAUGUUUUAUGUUGUGCUCAUUGUGUGCAAUACAGAUUCUUUCCAGGGCAAUAACUUAAAUUCACUCAUUACCUAGUUGUUUUCAUUGUAAAUUGAGUAAAAGAAACUAUGGCUUGCUGGAAAUUAAAAUGAUGUUUAUUAGACUUAGAAGAUAAUUUAUUUGCUAAAAUGAUAAAAUCAUACCAACAUAACUUUUACCAGAAAAUAAAAUGGUUCCCUUUUCAGUUGACAAUGUUCUGCUGAUAAUCCCCCCUGAAUGACUCGAUUAGCUUCUUAGUGCUACUACAAUAUACAUAAAACUAGCUAUAUUUUAUUUUGUUUUUUUCCCCUCAUGCGGUAGUUUGCUAUAACCUGCCUCAGCCAGGCUUUUUUUGUUUUUGUUUUUUACUUCUGAUAAUACAUGUGGAUGCUCAAGACAGUAUAGAAAAGAAGAGAGUAAAGUUUCACACUUGAAUGGUGCUGCCCUGUCAGACAAAGGAGCACUGUGAAACAGGUGUGACUCAGUCAUCGUUGCUCACUACACAGUCUUUGCUUCGUUUGCUGUGUCUGACAUCAUAUCCCCAAGUCUGCCUUUAAAGAGAGAGACCGCUGAAAUUCAGUUCACUUGGCAGAGUGGAAAUUCUGUUGCUGAAGGCAAUGUUAAAAUGUCAUGCACUCCCGCUAGAAGCUUAAUAUUUUGAAGGUUUGCUUGCUAAUGUUGUUUCAUGUCAGAUUAGUUUAGGGAAUAUGGGUGGGUACGUGAAGAUUUCUGAGUUUUGGUAUAUGUACUGAUGGCUGAGUUCCCAUCACUUUUAUUAAUCCCAAAACGGUAGUAGUUUUUCUUUUUCAAUCUAUUUUUGUGCUUUUUUUGACAGCCACAUGCCUUUCGGUUUAUUAAUCUUUCUGUAGGUUUAGGUUCUCUGUGGAUGAGCAUUAAUUUUGAAUACAGUUCCUGAACCCUCAAAUCUCCACCAUGAUGGGUUUGUGAAGUGAUCUUUAUUUAUGUCUAAAACUGAACUAGAUUUAACAAAGACUGUUAUGCAUUCUUUCCUCAUUUCACUUUGGUGUGCAGUUGGUUUUUAAAUUGUGAAAUUUUUGGAAACUUCUGUCAAUUUGAUACAACAGGGGAGGACGUUUUAUUAAUAUUUAAGCACAUCCUGAUGUUUUUUUCUGGAUUCCUCUGGCCAGGGAUGUAGAAGAGCCUCUCGCUAGCAAUUGUGCAGUCGAAGAAAUUGUGUUCAGAGUCAAAUGUUGUUUAGGGUGAAACAUUUCAUGUUUUUGAAUGUGAAAUGUGCUCGAGGGGUCCUGCCAAAAGCCCUGAAUUUUUGCCUUUGGAUUCUGGCCAAAGAUAUUAACCGUACUUAAAAGCUCAAUGCUAACUUUGUGUACAAAAGGCUGUUCCUCAAUAACUAAACCAAUUGCAUAUCAUUCAUCUUGUGGGCUCGUUCAGUGCUUUACAAACAGCAAAGAUUGUAUGAACACAAUUAUGUGAAGGGAGCUCUUUGUGAACUGCCAUGACACUUGCAUAAGACAUCCUUUGUGAAUUUUCCUUUUCAGGCCAGUGUUCAAUUCAGUUAUUGGAAUAAAAAAGGUUCCUGUGUUUUGAUUGCUAUUAUGCAAAGUGAAUUGGAGCAUUGGCAUGAAAUAUUUUGUUGGAAGAAAAAAAGGAACUGGUUCCUCAUCUCUCAUCUUUAGCCUGCUAUGAAGCUUAAACUGAACAAUUUUUGUACAGUUUAAGUGACAAUUUCAGUUUUUGAUUAUCUGGCACAGAAGUGCCUUUUGUGUCUUGUGCAAAGAGUCUGCACUUUUCCUUAAAACUUGACAAACACAGUAUACCUCAGACAAAGCAUGGGAAUUUAUGAAAGCCUGAAUUUACCAAAUACAUCUCAUUCCUGUCAUUGUGGAUCAGCCUUGGUUAUAUUAUUGAGUACAACUUGUAGCAAUGGCCGCGGUAAAAAAAAAAAAAAAAAAAAAGAUUUUUUUAAUUUUUUAUUUUUUCCCAUUAAGUUAUAACACUAGUUGCUGACAGUCCCUUGCACAUGUUAUAGUGCACAUUGCUUGUCUGCCCUGUAGCACUUGUUCUGUUCAGGUUAUUGGUUUUUUGUUAAUAGGUAACUUUGACUUUUGUUUAUAGUGCAGUAGCUAUAAAGCUACACUGUGAAAGGGAGAUGCAUAACUGGGUCUCCAGUGUAGCGCACUGGUAAUGUAUGCUGGCGAUUAAGCUUGAUGUUUAGGUGACUGAACUGUAGCCCUUGUUUAUCAAGCAGUUUUUCCCUUGCAAUUUUGUGCAGAUACAUUUUAGAGUUUCUCACUGUGUUCCUUUUAGUUCUCUAUCUGGUUAAAUGUAUUAUUUUAACAUCAGGAGUCAACAGCAUCACUGGACUUGUUGGUGAAGUGACAGAGAGUGUAGAGUACUAAACACUGAAUUUACAUCAAUUAAUGUAAAAAAGAAAAUGUAAAUAAAUAUAGAUAUGUACAUACACACGUGCACACACAUGUAAUACACAAAUGCAUUAUUAAAUACUAAUUUCUGUACUUAUCUUGUGGAAGAGAUGGUGUCAUAAUUCAGGGAACAGAAAUUGUAAUAUUAGACCCCUCACCCCCCAACCAAUCACCCAUGGCCUGUUGAGUUUGUCUCUUUGAGUUUGUCUGUGUUUAAUAUGACUUUGUUGGUUGGUUAGCAGGUAGCAAUGGAGGGAAGGCAAUAACCCGAAGGCCCACCAGUUUGAUUAGUUGUACAUUGAAACUGUGUUGGCAGUAUAUUGAUGGAAAAGAUAUAAAGGGUUGCUGUACAGUAUAGUACGUUCCUAGAAGGCACUGCCAAUUCCAUGUCUCUUUUUCAGGCAGAAUGUAAAUAACACCUGAGACUUUCUUUGUGGGGGGGGUUUAAGUAGUCAAACAUUUUGACUUUUAGGAAAGUCUUAAAUUACUGAGGCUGCUGUCAAUGGUUGAAAUUUCCUUUUGUGUAUAUGUGAAAUAACAGUAGACAUUGGUAUUUCUGCAUGCAGGCAAGUGUUGGGAUGAGAAGUUUUGGAAAUUGAAUUGAUAAAAGCUGUUUGAGGUUUAUGAGGAAUUGAAGACACUGAGGGUUAGGCUAGACCAAGUCCUGUCACAUAGACGAGCUUCAACUUGAAAUCUGCAGUAGCCAGGCAUUAUGAAGAUUCUUGCCUAAAAUGUAUAGUACUGGUACUGUUGUUUCUUAAUGUUUGAUAAGUUUUAUUCCGCAGGUAUAAUGUAAAUAACCAUAUGUGUUUGUGCACAUGUGCACUUGUGUCCUAAAUAUUUGUUCCUCACAUUUGUCUCUUGAAAUUAUUCUGCUUGUUGUUAUUCCUAUUUCAGCCAUUUGGGGUGGGGGGGGGGCGUGAAGGGUGAAGUAACUACAGUUUCCACUGUUCAGGAAAAAAGGCAGAUGACAACCCUCAGGGACAAUGUACACAGUGCUCUCAGUCAGUUAAGGUACUUGCUCGAGAUUCUGAAGCCUAGCAGAAAAUUGAAACAAAAAUGGAGCGGACACUUUUCAGAACACAAGGGUUUGUGUUUUCUCUUGCUUUCAUUCUUUCUUCAUGGAGGUUUCCACAGAAUAUUGAGAUGGCUCAAAAUGUUCAUGCAAAUUCUGAAAAAGGGGCAAGGGUGUAGCUAGGCUUCUAUACAUAGGAAACGGAUCUUGGUAAACUCAGAUGUACAUAAUGCACCCACUUUUACCUUUGCUUUAGAUGGAGCCAGAACAUCUUACAGGAAUGCCGCUAUUUUGUCUUUUUUGUUUGAAAAUAACAAUGAAUGUCAUUUUUGUAAAACUCUGUUCAGGUAAAUAUUUCAGCCAAAUGGUGUUUUUAAAGCUGCAUUAAAACUCCAGCACAUGGUGCCUCAGAUGCAUAAUAUAAUGGCAUUCUAUGACUUUACUAAUGCUGAACAGAUUAUUUUGGGUCCUGUUCUCUGGGCAUCUUGUCAAUAAAUUGCAGUCUACUCUCAUUGUGAGUCUCUUGGGGGAGGGUCUAUUAAGAUACCUUGAUGAGAGACAAACUCUUGAUUGGGCCUGUAUCUUUUGCUAAUCAUCAUGUUUGACAGACUGGUUUAGCUAGGGGGAUGAAAGUUAAACAUUUUAAGCUUUUAUUAAUGUUUUGAUUAAGAGUUUGAUUUCAUGCAUGGGGGGCUUCUACUUGGUAAUUUUGGUCUUUAAUCACAUGGCAAUGUUGAGAGGUAUUUUAGAGGAUGUAUUCAGAUUUGAUAUCUUGCUCCGUCCUGCCUUGUGCUCAUUUAUAAGAUCUGUUGUUUUUUUAAAUUAUAUCAGUAACAGUAGCUACAGUACCUUUUUGGUGAAUUUUGUAAAAAUAAAAUGAAUUUUAUAUGAAUAUAAAUUGGAAGAGUGAUUCCAUUAAAAUACAUUAUUAGACCCUCCCUUGAAGAUUCUCGUCUUUAAAAGUCUUGGCCCAGGUAAUUGUAACUGGUUAAAAUGGUUUUUAUUUUCGGGGAAGUAAGAUACUCUCCUUCCUUAGCCUUAUUUCCAUUAUAUAGUUGUGGUGCGUUGGGGAUAGUUGCAAUACAGGGGACAGAGAAUGGAAAUGUAGACCUUUUUUAAUGAAAAGGAUGAAUGUGCUUGGUCUUGACUGGAUUAUUUUGCAACUAAUAUUUGUGUGUGUGUGUGUGUGUGUGUGUGUGUGUUUGUCUUUUAUCAUACCUCUCAUCAAGUCAGGUGAAGAAUUCUAAGAAAUCAAUUCCCUAACCUCUAUAUUCAGUCCUGAUGCUCAGAAAGCAGGCACUCCAAAAUAUGAAUUGACCUCAUUUCAGUAUAUACAGUUUAGUGUCACACCUUUUAUUUCAUAUCUUCUUGUACUGUAAUUACAUGUUUCGUUAUUGUACUAUGUUUUUUACUCUAGGAUGUGAUCAAUGUCAGUAGUAGUGCCCUGAAUUGCAAUACUUGGUUUGUUAGAUUGCACUAUUUGUUUCCUUUUUAAAUCUGGCCUACAACUGGACUAAUAAAUAUGAGUUUGCUCUUAAUUUUUAAACAAAUCAUAUCUGUGGUCUUCUCAUCUUUAUUUUGCAUUGAUUGUCAGGCACCGCUUAUUAAUUUUAUAUUGGUGCAUGAAUAAGACGGCUGGUUGUAUUCUAUUUUGGGGGGAAAAUGCUACGUUCACAACAUUUCUGCUGUAGCAUUGUCUAAGGUAGUAUUCACUGGAUGCCAGAAUCAUUGUUCAGAACCACUAUUCUUCUAAUAAAUUUUAUUGUGAAAAUA